UUGGCUCAGGGACUGCAGGAGCUGGUGGGCUGUAUCCCUGCUACCCUGAGUGGGCUUUAUUCCUGCCCUGGACGGGUCCUGAGAGCUCAGGCACCAGCCAACUGGCCACAGAGAGAACCAGAACAUCCCCACCACUGCCCAGCUGUCUCCACUGGAGCAGGGAUAAGCCUGGGAGCACUGGGAUGGAGCACCCUCUGGCCCCUUAGUAUUGGCAUCCCUGAGGCAACAAAACCCAGAAGACCCAUGAAGAGGGAUGGCUGACUCCCACCCUCUGAGUUCCUAAGUCCCUGCUGGAGGAGCUGCCAUGGGCUGGACAUCCUGCCUGCUGCAGCAGAAAACAGUGCUGCCCAUGAGUCAGGCGCCUCUGCUCUUCCAGGAGACUCCAGGAAACAGAGUUACAAAUGACACCACGGCACAAAGAUCUCAGGCAGCCUGCCCAGUGUCACACAACCACUCCUGGCAGAAAUCCUGGACUCCAUGAGGAAGCAGGAGAUGCGGAUGGGUGGGGAGGCUGGCCAGGGCCACGGAGCUGGCUCCCCAGCCGAGCAGGUGAAAGCCCUCAUGGACCUGCUGGCCGGGAAAGGCUGUCAGAGUUCCCAGGCCCCACAGCCCUCUGACAGGACACCCGACACUCCACAGGGGCCUCAUGGGAAUGACUCAAGGCUUCAGAGACACCGAGAGGCCCUUCUGAGCAGGGCAGGAGGCAGCCUGGAGCUGGGUGGCCCUUCGCCCAGGCUAACCAACCUCCUGCUGGUGGAGGGCCUGAUGGACUUGCAGCUGAGGGAACAUGAUUUCACCCAGGUGGAGGCCACACGUGGGGGCUGGCGCUCUGCCAGGACCAUUGCCCUGAAUAAGCUCUUCCUGCCUCUGUCUCGGGUGUCCAUCCCACCCCGCAUCUCCAUCACCAUUGGGGUGGCUGGUGUGGGCAAGACCACCCUGGUGAGGGACUUUGUCUGCCUCUGGGCCCGGGGUCAGGUGGGCAAGGACUUCUCACUGGUGCUGCCUUUGACAUUCCGGGACCUCAACACCCAUGAAAAGCUGUCUGCAGACAGACUCAUUCGAUCGGUCUUUCCACAUGUUGGGGAGUCUGGCCUGGAAGUGGCAGCCCUGACCAAAGUUCUCCUUAUCUUGGACGGCUUGGAUGAGUGUAAGACUCCUCUGGACUUCUCCAACACCGUGGCCUGCACUGACCCCAAGAAGGAGAUGCAGGUGGACCACUUAAUCACCAACAUCAUCCGGGGCAACCUCUUCCCAGAAGUUUCUGUCUGGGUCACUUCCCGACCCAGCGCAGCUGGCCAGAUCCCAGGGGGCCUGGUGGACCGGAUGACUGAGAUCCGGGGCUUUAAUGAAGAGGAGAUCAAAGCAUGUUUGGAGCAGAUGUUCCCUGAGGACCAGGUCCUCUUGGACUGGGUCCUGAGCCAGGUGCAGGCCAACAGGUCCCUGUACCUGAUGUGCACCAUCCCAGCCUUCUGCCAGCUUGCAGGGUUAGCACUGGGCCACUUGUGCCGCCAUAGACGAGGGCCCCAGGAUGCAGAGCUGUGGCCUCCAAGGACCCUGUGUGAGCUCUACUCUUGGUACUUCAGGAUGGCUCUCAGUGGGGAGGGGCAAGAGAAAGGCAAGGCGAGCCCUCGCAUUGAGCAGCUAGCCCACAGUGGCCGCAAGAUGGUGGGGACACUGGGCCGACUGGCCUUCCAUGGGCUAGUCAAGAAGAAGUAUGUGUUCUAUGAGCCAGACUUGAAGGCAUUUGGUGUGGACCUUGUUCUGCUGCAGAGCACUCUGUGCAGCUACUUCCUGCAGCGGGAGGAGACCCUGGCCUCCUCGGCAGCCUACUUCUUCACCCACUUGUCCCUGCAGGAGUUCAUGGGGGCUGCGUACUACUGCAGUGCAUCCAAGAGAGCCAUCUUCGACCUCUUCACUGAGGGUGGUGUGUCCUGGCCUCGGCUGGGCUUCCUCACGCAUUUCAGGAGUGCGGCCCAGCGGGCCAUGCAGUCUGAGGACGGACGACUGGAUGUGUUCCUUCGCUUCCUCUCUGGCCUCUUGUCUCCAAGGGUCAAUGCCCUGUUGGCUGGCUCCCUGCUAGCCCAGGGCGAGCACCAGGGCUCCCGGGUGCAGGUGGCCCAGCUCCUGCUGGGCUGCCUACACCCCGACACGGUGGUCUGUGCCCGGGCAGUCAACAUUCUGUACUGCCUGCAUGAGCUGCAGCAGACAGAGCUGGCCUGCAGUGUGGAGGAGGCCAUGGAGAGUGGGGGCCUGGCCAGGCUGACCGGCCCCCCCCACCGAGCUGCCCUGGCCUACCUUCUGCAGGUGUCAGAUGCCUGUACCCAGGAGGCCAACCUGUCCCUGUGCCUCAGUCAGGGCGUCCUACAGAGCCUGUUGCCCCAGCUGCUCUACUGCCGGAGUCUGAGGUUAGACACCAACCAGUUCCAGGACCCCGUGAUGGAGCUGCUGGGCAGUGUGCUGAGUGGAAAGGACUGUCGUAUUCAGAGAAUCAGCUUGGCUGAGAACCAGAUCAGUAACAAAGGGGCCAAAGCUCUGGCCAGAUCCCUCCUUGUCAAUAGAAGUCUGACUACUCUAGACCUCCGCAGUAACUCAAUUGGACCUCAAGGGGCCAAGGCACUGGCAGAUGCUCUGAAGAUUAACCGCACUCUGACCUUUCUGAGCCUCCAGAGCAACAGGAUCAGGGAUGAUGGUGCCAAGUCCAUGGCUGAGGCCUUGGCAGCCAACCGGACCCUCUCGGUGAUUCACCUGCAGAAGAACACCAUUGGGCCCCCGGGAGCCCAGCAGAUGGCGGAUGCACUGAAGCAGAACAGGAGUCUAAAGGAGCUCAUGUUGUCCAGUAAUAGCAUUGGUGAUGGAGGUGCCAAGGCCCUGUCUGAGGCCCUGAAGGUGAACCAGGGCCUGGAGAGCCUGGACCUGCAGAGCAAUUCCAUCAGUGACGCGGGAGUGGCAGCGCUGAUGGGGGCCCUCUGCACCAACCAAACCCUCCUCAGCCUCAACCUGCGAGAAAACUCCAUCAGCCCAGAGGGAGCCCAGGAUCUGGCUCAAGCUCUCUGCACCAACAGCACCCUGAAGAACCUGGACCUUACAGCCAACCUCCUCCACGACCAAGGUGCCCAGGCCAUCGCAGUGGCAGUGAGAGAAAACCACACCCUCACGUCCCUCCACUUGCAGUGGAAUUUCAUCCAGGCUGGCGCCGCCAAGGCCCUAGGACAAGCACUACAGUUCAACAGGAGCCUGAUCAGCCUCGAUUUACAGGAGAACGCCAUUGGGGACGAAGGUGCCUGUGCAGUGGCCAGUGCGCUGAAGGCAAACACAGCCCUUACUGCUCUCUAUCUCCAGGUGGCUUCCAUUGGUGCAUCGGGGGCCCAGGCACUGGGGGAGGCCCUGGCUGUGAAUAGAACCUUGGAGAUUCUCGAUUUAAGAGGAAACACCAUUGGGAUGGCUGGAGCCAAAGCCCUGGCAAAUGCUCUGAAGGUCAACUCAAGCCUCCGAAGACUAAAUCUUCAAGAAAAUUCCUUGGGGAUGGAUGGGGUGAUAUGCAUUGCCACUGCGCUGUCUGGAAACCAUGGGAUCCAGCAUAUCAAUCUCCAGGGAAAUCAUAUUGGGGAAUCUGGUGCCAGGAUGAUCUCAGAGACCAUCAAGACAAAUGCUCCCUCGUGUACUGUUGAAAUGUGAGCAAAAAGUUCCUGGUGGACCGGGCAAAAGGAUGGGCAGAGACACAGCUGGAAGCCUUCAAACAAAAAGACCAUUUUCCAGGGUGACUUCCUGUGAUCUGGGAAUGCUGCUGACCCACACUCAAGCUGGUAUCCUGCAAAGAGGAGGAAAGGUGCUGCCAAACGAGGUCACAAGUUCCUCCUAGACUGACAGGGUCAGUCUAGGCAGGGGUGAGAUGGACACUCUGGUAUGGCACACAGAGGAAAGGGUCUUCCACUGAGGGACCCAGGACUUAGGCCUUAAAACUCGGCAAGUAAGAAGCUGGCCUGAUCUUAUUCAUAUGACCCCCAAUUUUUUAUUACUGCCUUUUUUCUACUUACCUGGUUAAAAUCAUCCCUCUCCCUCUGAAAGGAGUAACCAUAUUCCAGCCCACUAUCAACUAAGCAAUGGUGACAGAGAGGACCUUUCUUUUCUCAAGAAGAAAAAAUUUUAGGAAUAUGAUCCUUAGAGAUACAUGGGGAAAAAAAGGGGGAUUUUAAAAAGAGAAAUAAAGGCUUUAAUAAUAGAAUUCUGUAAAUAGAGCAAAAAUAAUUUCCCCAAGGUUUUGGCCAUUUUUUAUACAUUACAAAAUCUCUCGCAUGCAUGGAUUACAUAUGACAUAUGUUAUUUGGAGCCUGGCACACUAGUUGUCAAUAGCAUGUUAAAUGCUGAUGCCUUAAUAAUAGUGUUCUGUAUUGGGCUUCCAAAACCACUACUCACUACAGCCUCCCUCUGAAGGCAAGGCAAGCUGAGCUUCCAUGUGGCACAAAUCCCCUUAGAUAUCUCUCUGUGUUGAAAGGGAAAAGAUCCCAAAUGGACACCAUAGCACUCAUCAACUAAAUAACCAAGGAAGAUGCUUAUAAAGGUUAUAAAGUAAUUAACAUCUAAAAAUUUGAACAUGAAGCACUGUUGUUCCAAAAGUUCCUUUAAAAAUGAGUAUUCGGGCAAGAAUCAUCAAUGGAUACAAAACCACGAAUGAAAGCCAAUUGAGGAAGAAGAUACCCACGUAGUCUCAAAACAUCACCCCACAAAGAUACCUCACAGAAAUUUUACAAAUGCUGCCUCAACAAAGUGAUAAAUUUAAUGUCACCAACAAUGGGACAAGUGGACAUCAGGAGCCCUGAUGUUAUGUGCUGAGGGGGACAUAUCACUGAUGUAGUAUUUUUGCCAAAAAGGUUGAUCUGAAUCUAAUCAUGAAGGAACAAUCUGACAAAAUCAGAAUUGAGGAGCAUUCUGCAAAAAAAAAAAAACCAACAAAAAAACAUAAAAUAAAAACCACAAACUUAGCCUGACCUCUUCAAAAAUGUCUAUGUCAUGAAAAAUAAGAAAGACUGGGGACUGUUUUAAAUCGAAGGAGAUUAAAGAGACAUAAUGACCUAAUGCAAGAUCUUCAAUUGCAUCCUAGACUAGAGGGAAAACAAUCAGCCAUAAAGAACGUUAUUUGGAAAUUGGGUACAUUUAAA